AGAAAGAAAUAACGAGCGACAGGUGUUUGUUGAACUCGGAGCGCAACCGACCGUAUAAACUACGAACAGGCCUCGGAAGCAACGAUUGUUUUCAAAAUGUAUAAAUCAUCUCUACUCCUUCUUUUCACGGUUUUUACUACAGGAGUAUGGGGUCAGAAGUGCUAUGUCUGCAAGGACCAAGAUGAAAACACUGGGAAGUGUGCAACAACAGUUCAGGAAUGCAGCUUUGGAGAAAAUUACUGUCUUUCAGAAAUCAGAUGGGGAAGUACACUCUUCUGGGAGAUUGGUGCUCCAAUGCAGUAUUACAUCAGCAAGAAAUGUGCAACAGAGGAAGAAUGUGUGGCUACCAAAUCAAAAUACAUGCCAUAUUGUCAACGAAUCUGGUGGAGAGAUUGGAAAUGUGCUGAAUGCUGCAAAGGCGAUCGUUGCAAUUACUUCAUCACACUGGGUUCAUCUACGGUUUCAUCAAACAUUGCAUUAUUGUUGUUGGCAGGAACACUCACACUCUUUCUACCAAUGUUCCACUGAUCAUGAUUCUGCCCUUUAAGUGUUAAAGUGAUGUGUGUAGAAAAUGAACUGAUAUUAUAUGUCAAGAUAUGGACAAUUCAUAUCAUUGUACAAGCGAAAGAUCAAGCUAAAGUUAACUUUGCUUUUAUCGUGAAAAAAAGUCUCAACAAUGCAUUGCCUUGUGCAGUGCAGAUGCCAUUUUAGAUUUUAAUGCACAGACCAGUUGAAGAACGCUGAUAAGUGAUAUUGUGUUGAGUCCAAGAAAUUAUAGAUAUUUCAGUUUUGCUGUAAAGAAAGUAAUGAUUUUUGAAAGACAACAGAAAUAUUUAGUGUUUAUAACAAAUCACAGUGUUUUGCAACUGUGCUAGUGUAUAACAUUAUCUUAUGGUAGUAUUAUUGUAACUAUGAAUUUAGUUAAGUUAAAAGAAAAUUUAAAAUUAAGUAUUUAGUAAAUAUAUUCCGUCCAUUUAUCUGUCCAGAAUUUUUAUGAAGUGAUUUCGAUAUUUUGUUAUAUUGUUGGGCCUUUUAGAUGGUUAAUAUAUUUUAGAAUUCUUGUAAAAGCAGAUUAUUGAGGCAUCCCAGUUCAGCGGAUAGAUUAAAGCAAUGUGUUUGUAGGGUGUCAGAAUAAGACUUAUUUUUGAAUAUUGUACCAAGAUGAUGUGUGUACAAUUUUUAUCUGAGGGAAACAGUAAUUGUUUGUGUUAUUACUUUUUGAAAAGACUGAAAGUAAAGGACAUGGGAGUAAGAUUUCUUUUGCCUGUCAUAGGCUAACUGUUCAGACAUUCCAAGGCAAGUAUACAAGAUGUUCCAUAAACAUUAUAUUUUUAUAAUGCUGUUAUAAAAUAUAUGUAUAUUCCGUCCAUUUAUCUCUGGAAUUUCUAUAAAGUGAUUUUCAUAUUUUGUUAUAUUGGUAGUCCCUUUAGAUUCUUAAUAUAUUUUAGAAGAAGAAUUCCUGUAAAAGCAGAUUGUGAGGCAGCCCAGUUCAGCAGAUGGAUUCCAGCAACUUUUUUUUAGGCUGCCAAAAUAAGACUUCAUUUUGUAUAUUGUACCAAGUUUGUGGGUGUGUUCAUUUUGUAUAUUGUACCAAGUUUGUGGGUGUGCACAAAUUUUAACCAAAUAAAAAGGUAAUUAAUUGUUAUUACUUUCUGAAGGAAGGUAAAUGACAUGGGAGUAAGAUUUCUUUUGCCUGUCAUUGGCUAACUGUUCAGACAUUCUGAGGCAAGAAUGCAAGGAUAUUGGCAUGAAUUUUUUUUUCUUUUCUUUUCUCCAAAUACAUUAGUUGCACCAAAUUUCUGGCGGUAUUGAGGAAAAGGCCACGAGAGUGACAAAAUAUUGUGGGCAGUAAUUGAGAAUAAACCUGUCUCCAGUCAGUUUUGUUAAAAAUUUGUUGGUCUUUACUUGCUGUUCUACUAUCUUGUGGUCUUUGUUUUUGUCAUUUUAUUUUAUUUUCACACUUAACUUCUGCCAUGAAGUUGAUUCAAGAUAAAUAACAUUAAUCAUUAAUAUCUCUCUCUCUCUCUCUCUCUCUCUCUCUCUCUCUCUCUCUCUCUCUCUCUCUCUCUCUCUCUCUCUCUCUCUCUCUCUCUCUCUCUCUCU